AUGGAGAGUCGCGAGUAUCAUCUGCAUAAAGCUCGGGUGGGCACAGCGCCUGGCAGAGAGAGGUUGCCCGCUGGCGGAGCAAUAGUCGCCGCUCCCAAACCUCUGCCCUUCUCCAUCGAGAGCAUCAUGGCUUGGAGCCCGGAGCCCAAGGCGCUGCCCUUCUUAGCCUCUUUGGAAGGGGCCCCGGUGAAGAGAGAGCCUCGCUGCUUGCUGGCCCCGAUGCCCUGCAUGAUCCCAGUCCUGCCCUUGCCUUACGGAUCCAGGCUGGCAUCGGGCGGCGGCGGGGAGCUGAGGAAAGCCAACCCGGAGAUGUCCCACCACCACCACCACCACCACAGGAGCGAGUGGUUGAGCUCCGGAGGCUCCUCCAAGGCGGAUGGUUCCAACACGUGUGGGCAGCCGCUGUCCCAAUACCAACUCAUCCGACCACGCGUGGUCAACCAGUCCUAUUUUCACUCAAUGGGGGCCUUCUGCUACCUCAACUGCGCCAUCGACACCCCUCGCCCCUCACCGGCCGCGAUCUUCAACCUGGCUCCAUCCUCCUACCUGCUGGGCUCUGCCCUCAGCCCUCAACACAAGGCGCUGCUGGUGGACAGGGGCAAUAAGCUGCUGCUGGCCCCCGGUGAGCGCCCCCCGGGGGGUGCCGUGCCCUACAGGGAGCUCGCCCAGCACGGCAGGGACACGGGACACUUUCUCCCCGACAGGAUCAGCUGCAAAAGCGGCUCCAAGAGCGGCGGAGGCGCGAUGGGCACCAGAGCCAAAGUGUUUACGUGUGAAGUGUGCAGGAAGGUCUUCAAUGCCCACUAUAACCUAACCCGCCACAUGCCAGUCCACACGGGGGCUCGGCCGUUUAUCUGUAAAGUUUGUGGCAAAGGAUUCCGUCAGGCCAGCACUCUGUGUCGCCACAAAAUCAUUCACACACAGGAAAAACCACACAAGUGUAAUGAAUGUGGGAAAGCGUUUAACCGGAGCUCCACUCUGAACACUCACAGCAGAAUCCACGCGGGUUACAAACCCUUUGUCUGUGAGUUCUGUGGCAAAGGCUUUCAUCAAAAAGGUAACUACAAAAACCACAAACUGACUCACAGCGAGGAAAAGCAAUUCAAAUGCAACAUUUGCAACAAGGCGUUUCACCAGGUGUACAACCUCACCUUUCACAUGCACACGCACAACGACAAGAAACCGUUUACCUGUGCGACCUGUGGCAAAGGUUUCUGCCGGAAUUUUGACUUGAAAAAGCACGUCAGGAAGUUGCACGACAACUUUUCCCGAUCGUCGGCAGCCGAGCCGGCGGAGGACAAGCCGUGCAAGUAA